GUGUGUGAGACUAACCUGUCGGAUAAAAGAAGUCGACGAAAUCGUCAACAAGGGAAAGGCGCUCAGUGUUUAUUAUCUGUUAUCGCGGCUAUGGUUCGCAUAUGUUGUGUUCUGGGUUGCACCAACAAGUCACACGACAGACGCGGCAGGAAAUUUGACAACGGGUCGAGAUUUUUUACUUACCCGACGUGGAAGAAAAGCUACGGGGCGCAGAUCAGGGAAGUCUCCAAGACGCGUCUGUCGGCUUGUGUCGCCGCUAUCCGACGCGAAGACAUCACAUUUGACAACAUAACGCCCUUCAUGUUCGUUUGCUGUCGACAUUUCCAUCGAGAUAGGAGCAUUCGGAUCAUUAUUCGGAACCAAACAAGCGUCUCAUCAUGACGAAGAUGCGACGUACGGCCUACAUUGCGGCCUUCAAGCUGAAGGCGAUCGACCUGGCAAUCGAAAAGGGCAAUCGAAAAGCUGCGCAUCAGCUCGGAGUUAACGAAUCCAUGAUACGACGUUGGAGAAAGCAGCGUGGAGAACUUUCCCGCUGCAAGAAGACGACAAAGGCCUUUCGAGGCAGGAAGCGCAAGAGCGAACACGGCGAUGCCCCGCGUUCAGCCAAAAGAAGGAACUCGGCUCUUCAAAGCGGGCGUAUCCAGCAGGGAGGAGAGUCAACAACGAAAGAGCCGACGCUCUGCGAAGAAGGGCUAACGUGGAAGGUCAAACUGGAGGAGAAGUCGUACGUUCUAGUCAAACGGGAACUAACGGAAAGCAGCGCGGACGGCUGCGGAAUCGGAACAAAGGAAGUGAAGCAAGAAGAGCUGGACGGGCAGUUGGAAUGCAAAUCGUGCAUCCAAAGGGUUGCGGAAAUCAGCCGACUGGUGGAGGAGAACCGACGACUCAGGCGCGAGCUCGACGCUUUCAAAAUGCCCGACGGCUUUUUUGAGGACGACGACGACAAAGUGGAAUAUUACACCGGGAUGCCAAACGUUGGCUCUUUCAUGACUUUUUUCUGUUUUUUGUUACCUCUCAUGCCGACCCGGGAGAGCAGACUCAGUCCUUUUCAAGUCCUUCUGCUGACCUUCAUGCGCCUCCGGCUGGAUUUGCCCUCGCGGCACCUCGCCCACAUUUUCAGCGUCUCGACAAGCGCAGUGGAUACAAUGUUUCGGGAGACCGUUUCGUUUCUGUACACAAAGCUGACGCCUUCCAUUACGUGGCCCAGUCCAAGUACUUUACAAAUGACGAUACCACGCCGCUUCGUCGAGGCCUUCGGUCGCAAAUCCGUCGCCAUCGUUGACUGUUUUCGAGUGUUUGUUCAAAAACCGGCGCGUCACAAAGAACGCGGAGGCAAUGACGCCGUUCGGUAUUUAAUCGCCGUUACGCCGAGUGGAUUUGCGGGUUUUGUAUCAAAAGGGCGCGGCGGCGGCUUUACGCCCGCGAAAAAGAUCCUGCAGGAAAGCGGCUUCCUGAAUAAGUUGUUGCCAGGCGACGUCGUCCUGGGCAACGGUUUCGACGCGGACGAAAGCGGCGUCUCGUUUUACGCCGAGGUCGACCGGCCGACUUUCGUCCGGGCCGACGGUUGCCUCGCGGAGAAGGAAAUGGGAGGCGUAACGCAUCUGGGAGCGCACAUUGAAACGAUCCUGGGAAAGAUGCACCGGAAGUAUCAAAUCUUCAAAGUGGCUCUGCCGGCCGAUACGAUGCGAUUGCGCGACGGUGGAGAAGUCACAUUGUUGGAUAAGAUGGUCGCAGUCUGUUGCGCGCUGGAGAACCGUUGUCUGUGUGCAUUUUAACUCGUUCAGUACCAGCCAAUUCUGGACCAAGUCUGAAAAGACGGUUAAAAACGUCUUUGGGAGUGAAUGAGUUAACAGAUGCAACUCCCAAAUAAAUAACGGCAUUUAUUCCAUCCCCCAGCAUUUUUGAUGACCUGAAUAAAAA